GAAGAAAGGAGAGGAGUUUUUUGAGGGUUUACAUUUGAGGUUAUCAUAUGAUAUUGACGUUUGUUUUUAUGAUAGCUCUACCACUUUAUUAGAACAAACUCAUACUUUUAAAUUAUUAUUAAUUUACUUAAUUAUUACUCUACUUUUAAAAAUUGAAACAGCAUUUUGUGUCUCUCUCCUUGUCACCACCGAUCUGUAAGUCUGUAACAUGUGUAAGUGUAACCAACCAUCAUCGUAAUAAGAGAGAAUAAAAGCGCAAAAAGAAAGAAAGUCCGAAAUUGAAUUGAAAAAAAAGGCAAAGAAAGUUUGAAAUUGAAUUGAAAAGGGGUUAUGGAGCCAGAAGACUGGGAUUUGAGCGGCGAAGACCUCGAUUCCCUUGAAAGAGAAGCUUAUCAGAAGAUUGCUCAACUCCGCUCCAACCCCACUCAUCCUCCAUCAUCUUCUUCUCAUUCUGCAAACCCUCCUCCUCCUCCUCCUCAAAGAUCACUCCCCCCUUCAUUCAAAUCAGGAGGAGGAGUGACUAACAACACUAACGACCAUUCUAAAGAAUUCACAAAAGCCUCAGUCAAAUUUUUUCUCCAUUCCACUGGACUUAUUGCAGCAAAGUUUCAAUAUGAUCAGGUAAUAGUUGCUGCUUUUAGAAAAAUCCCUAAAUCUUCUUGGAAUGCCAAAGAACGGUUAUGGAUGUUCCCUAUAUCUUCUUUGUCAGAAGCAGAAAAGGUUCUUAGAGAAAUAUCUGGUUAUAAUGUUCAGGUGGAGAACUUAGAUCCCUUAGUGCAACGUGCUAUCACUGCUUCCACUUCUGCUCCUGAUCUUCGAGAUCGAUAUGAUAAGAUCCCUAGCUAUGUUGAAUCAAAGCUUUUGCCAUUUCAACGAGACGGUAUAAGGUUUAUAUUGCAGCAUGGAUGUCGUGCUUUUUUAGCGGAUGAAAUGGGACUGGGGAAAACGUUGCAGGCCAUUGCUGUAGCUGCAUGCGUCCAGGAUUCGUGGCCUGUUCUUAUACUAGCACCAUCUGCAUUACGAUUGCAAUGGGCUUCUAUGAUUCAACAAUGGCUGAAUAUUCCUUCAUCAGAUAUACUUGUUGUCUUAUCUCAAAGUGGUGGAUCAAAUAGAGGAGGUUUCAACAUAGUAUCUUCAAGUGCGAAAAGCAGCAUUCAUCUGGACGGACUAUUCAACAUUAUCUCGUAUGAUUUGGUGCCAAAGAUGCAAAAUACGCUUAUGGCGUCUGAUUUUAAGGUUGUAAUUGCUGACGAGUCACACUUUCUGAAAAAUGCUCAGGCAAAGAGGACAACUGCUUCUCUUCCGAUUAUAAAGAAAGCUAAAUAUGCAAUAUUGCUUAGUGGAACUCCUGCUUUAUCUCGACCAAUCGAACUAUUCAAACAGCUGGAAGCUUUGUAUCCUGAUGUGUAUAAGAAUGUUCAUGAAUAUGGUAACCGGUAUUGCAAGGGUGGAGUUUUUGGACUUUAUCAAGGGGCAAGUAAUCAUGAAGAAUUGCACAAUUUGAUGAAGGCAACAUCGAUGAUUAGGAGGCUUAAAAAGGAUGUUCUUUCUGAACUUCCUGUAAAGCGUAGGCAACAGAUUUUCCUAGACUUGGCCGAUAAGGACAUGAAGCAAAUUAAUGCUCUAUUUCGCGAGUUGGAGAUGGUAAAAGCCAAAAUUAAGGCUUCUAAAUCACAAGAGGAGGCUGAAUCACUCAAGUUUACUCAAAAGAAUCUUAUUAACAGGAUUUAUACUGAUUCUGCGGAAGCCAAGAUUCCUGCUGUUCUUGAUUAUGUUGGAACUGUAAUUGAGGCAGGUUGCAAGUUUCUUAUAUUUGCACACCAUCUACCAAUGAUUGAUGCGAUACACGAGUUUCUUCUUAAAAAAAAAGUUGGAUGCAUCCGGAUUGAUGGAGGUACACCUUCUGGAUCAAGGCAACAAUUAGUUACAGAGUUUCAGGAAAAAGAUGCUAUCAAGGCAGCAGUGCUAUCUAUCAAAGCUGGAGGUGUCGGGUUAACGUUGACUGCUGCCAGCACAGUCAUCUUUGCAGAAUUGUCUUGGACUCCUGGUGAUCUAAUUCAGGCCGAAGACCGUGUUCAUAGAAUUGGCCAGGUUUCUUCGGUAAAUAUAUACUACUUGCUUGCAAAUGACACAGUUGAUGAUAUCAUAUGGGACGUAGUGCAAAGCAAACUGGACAAUUUGGGGCAGAUGCUUGAUGGCCAUGAGAACACCUUAAAGGUCUCAGAUUCAGAUGAUCAGCCACCAUUGAGUAGCCCUGCAAAGCAGAAAACACUCGACCAAUUUGUCAGAAGAUGUGAAAACAACAGUAGUGGAUUGGAACAUCAGUCAACCCCCAAACGUCCUCGGUACUUACCCAAAGGUUCUGUGAAAUGGUAAUCAUAAAAGAAUAUGAUCACGUGUCGAUACUAUGUCAAUCCAAGAGAAAGGCGUAUGCAGUGGCUAAAAUCUACUUGGCUAUAUAGGUAUAUAAAAUAGGUGGUCAGCACAGGACAGCUGGGUUGGCAAGUAACUCUAACCUAUGCUGCUGGGAUGACGAUGGUUAUGUGAUGAAGUCUUGCAACAGAUUUUGUGUUUAUCCCUUAACUAAUUGUUCCCCCCUAGUUGUGUGUGGGACUUGUACAUAGUACAGUAUCAUAUGAAUGUAGCUUGUAUACUACCCUACUCAACACUAAUUUUUAUAUUUCCACCA